AUGGCCCCGUCUCCCUCGCUGCUCCCCCUGCUCAGCCUGGCUCUCUGUUGCUGUGGGAUCCAGGGCCAAAGGGGCAUGUUUGCAGUCAAGUUUCGGGACAGCAGGAUCACACAGCCCCUGCGGGGGCAGCGGCUGGAGCUGGAAUGUCGGCCUGUGGACAGCGAUGUCGGGGUUUCCUGGAUCAAGCAGGACCCGGGUGGCACCCUUCACUUCAUAGCGUUCAUUAACACCCUGUCUCGAGUGACCUACAAGCAGAGCGAAUCCACAUCUACCCGCUUCGAGGCAGCGAAGGAGAGCGGCUCCUCCCGGCUGGUCGUGAAGUCUUUCUCUGAGCAGGACCAGGGGACUUACUUCUGCCUCAUCAACAGGAACCAAAUGCUGCACUUCAGCGCUGGCCAAGCUGCCUUCCUCCCAGUCCCCACCACGAAGGCCCCCACCACAGCUCCAGCCACCACCGGGAACAAGGUCACCCCGACAGAGACCUGCACGAAGACCCCAGCACCAGGUACCACAAGCAAGGGGCUGGACUUCACCUGCAGCAUUUUCGUCUGGAUCCCCUUGGCCUGCGGCUGCCUGAUUUUCCUCAUUGCCCUGGUGAUCACCAUCUCGCUGUGCCAAAAAACCAAGAGGCGGCGAUGCAAGUGCAAAAGCUCCCCUGCAUCAGGUUACGUCCAUGGACUCAAUAUAAACUGUCCUGCCACCCCCAGAAGCCCCUUCUGCACAGGCCUGGACCAUCCCAUGGUUUUAGACCUGGAUUUCCACCUCUAUUCCCGCUGUGGGCACUAA